AUGCUGACACCUAUAAAUACGGAAACAGUCGCGGCGCCCCAUAAAGAUGAAGAAGAAGCACUUGGUUUUCUAAUAAGAAGCCUUUUGUUGCAGAAUCUCUUCCCAACUGUGCCUUCACAGAGCACAGGUCCCUUUUUUCUGCCUCUUCUCUUUUUGACUAGGAAAAUACCUAUGUCUCAAGAUAGUUCUCGAUCUGAGGCAACACACAAAAGACCUGCCCUUUUGAAAGAUCAAGUUCAGUUAGUAAAGAGAAAAGAUUCUGAUCGUUAUGAGAUUUACCGUAUAGCUAAUCCAUUAUCGUUUGAGAAAGGCUUCUUUGCUGUGAUCCGGGCGUGUCAGUUGUUGGUACAAAAGAAUGAGGGGCUACUCAUUGUAGGAGUGGCUGGUCCUUCAGGCGCCGGGAAAACUGUCUUUACUGAGAAAAUUCUCAACUUCAUGCCCAGUGUUGCUGUCAUUUCAAUGGAUAAUUACAAUGAUGCCAGUCGAAUAAUCGAUGGAAACUAUGAUGAUCCGCGAUUGACUGACUAUGAUACAUUGCUUGCUAACAUCGAAGACCUUAAAUCCGGGAAGCAGGUCGAGAUUCCCAUUUAUGAUUUCAAAUCCAGCACCCGUUCGGGAUACAGGACUCUUGAUGUUCCAAGCUCACGCAUUGUGAUAAUUGAGGGCAUCUAUGCUCUAAGUGAGAAACUGCGUCCUGUCUUGGAUCUACGAGUAUCUGUUACGGGAGGAGUUCAUUUUGACCUUGUGAAACGGGUAUUAAGGGAUAUCCAACGGGCAGGACAAGAGCCUGAAGAAAUAAUCCACCAAAUCUCUGAAACGGUCUACCCGAUGUACAAGGCUUUUAUUGAGCCUGAUCUCCAGACUGCUCAUAUAAAAAUCAUCAACAAGUUUAAUCCAUUCACUGGGUUUCAGAGUCCUACUUAUAUUUUAAAGUCUUCUAGGAAUUUGACCGUGGAUCAAGUCAAGCCUGUCCUGUCUGAAGAGCAUGUGGAAACAAAUGAGCAGACUUAUGAUAUAUAUCUUCUACCUCCUGGCGAGGAUCCAGAGACAUGCAAAUCAUACCUGAGGAUGCGGAAUAAAGAUGGGAAAUACAACCUUAUGUUUGAGGAAUGGGUGACAGAUCCUCCAUUUGUGAUAUCACCAAGAAUAACCUUUGAAGUUAGUGUGCGGCUUCUUGGAGGCUUGAUGGCAUUGGGUUACACGAUAGCAGCAAUACUUAAAAGAACCAGUCAGGUAUUAUGGGAUGAGAAGGUCUGUGUGAAAAUUGAUUGGCUGGAGCAACUGAACCGUGAAUAUGUUCAGGUGCAAGGAAGAGAUCGCGCUAUUGUAAAAAGUGUGGCGGAACAGCUUGGUUUGGAAGGUUCUUAUGCCCCACGUACAUACAUCGAACAAAUACAACUGGAGAAGCUUGUGAAUGACAUUAUGGCACUACCAGACGAUUUAAGAACAAAGCUGAGCAUAGAUGAAGACAUUGCUUCCAGCCCUAAGGAAGCAUUAUCUCGAGUAUCAGCAGAAAGGGUUGCACAGAGGAAUAAAAAUCUUAAGAGGGGCAUGUCACAUUCAUAUUCAACACACCGGGACAGAACUUUUCCCAAGCUUAAUGGAUUUUCCUCAAAUAACCAAACUUUUGAUGAUAGGACAGCAGAUCCGCUGGCAUCAUUAGCUAACCAGGGAGUCAUCACUCAGUUAUCAGAACAAAUUUCUACAUUAAAUUCUCGGAUGGAUGACUUUACUUCUCAAAUUGAAGAACUUAAUUCUAGGUUAACCAGCAAAAGGUCAUCUCCCCGGUCACAAAAUUUGGCUGUACAAGCUGAACCCAGCCAAGGGUCUGCACCAACUUCUUACUUCAUUUCCGGUUUAGAGAAUGGCUCACUAACUGGAAACAUAAUGCCAAGUUCCUCAUCAGCAUCGCUAUUAGCAAAGGACUCUCCGCUUGCUGACGAGAUAUCCAACAUUUCCAGGGGGCAGCGUCAAAUCAUGCAUCAAUUGGACAACCUCAACAGCCUUCUCCGUGAGAACACUGCCGAAAGGUGCAAUUCAGCUAAGCUUAUAAGGAAAAGCGAAACAGUCUAUAGUGAUUUGGUUGGAGUUUCUGUUAUAGCGACAUUGGCGAUCAGUGGAUUAGGAAUCUUAUUCUUUAAGGCGUAUGCUCUCAAGGUUAUCAUUGAGUUUCAUUACAGAAGGGUCGUGCAAAUUUUGUUGCUUUUGUGGGUUUGGGAUGUUUCAGUACAAUUCAUGUACCAUUUUAGCCGGAUUAAUCGGAGGAAAUUUUUGAGCUGCUUUGAAGUGCCGAAUUUCGAUGAUCUGCAUGUGGAAACUGGAGGAGAAAAAGCGGGGAAUUAG